UUCUACUUUCUACGAGUCAAAAGGAGUGCGGUGGAGGAACGUCUUCCCGAUAGAAAGCCGGGUCGAACGAAAGAUCUCCUCUUCUUCUUCUUCUUCUUCUGCUCUCUCCUAUGGGGUUAGGUUUAGGGUUGUAGUAGGCAAAGUAGAAAAAAAAAAGUCGUUCGUAUAUGGCCCUUAACCUCUUGCAGUGUUGCUGCUACUAAUACAAUGGCUGGAACCCCUGCCAUUGCUUCCCAACUCCAAAAUCAUCCUGUUCUCGAAGCACUUCCAUCUUCCCCUUUCCCUUCUGAAACCGCCCGUGAUGACCCCCAUCUUCGAGAUGGUCUCAGCUUCUUCCAAUUCAUGGCCGCCGGCUCCAUUGCCGGUAUGGUUGAACACAUGGCCAUGUUCCCCGUCGACACCCUCAAGACCCGCAUGCAAAUGGUCAGCGCCUCCUCCGCUUCCUCAUCUCCCUCUGCCCCUGUCUCUCGCUUCCUCCUUUCCAUCAUGCGCUCUGAGGGCCCUUUGGGUCUCUACCGCGGAAUCGGCGCCAUGGGACUUGGCGCUGGCCCUGCUCACGCUGUCUACUUCUCCGUCUACGAGACCUGCAAGGAGAAGCUUGGUGGCAACCGCCCGGGCCACCACCCUCUUGUUCAUGCUGCGUCCGGUGUCAUCGCCACUACCGCCAGUGAUGCCGUCCUCACCCCUAUGGACGUUGUCAAGCAGCGGCUGCAGCUCCGCCAGAGCCCUUAUGGUGGUGUGAGAGAUUGCAUCAUGACGAUGCUCAGGGAGGAGGGGCUGAGGGCCUUUUAUGCUUCAUAUCGCACGACUGUUGUGAUGAAUGCACCAUUCACGGCCGUGCAUUUUUCCACCUACGAGGCAGCCAAGAAGGUCCUGGGUGGGAUCUCUCCUGGUAACGCUGACGAAGAGCAACUUCUGGUCCACAUCACUGCAGGAGGUGUUGCAGGAACUCUUGCCAGUGCCGUGACGACUCCAUUGGAUGUUGUCAAAACGAGGUUGCAGUGCCAGGGAGUAUGCGGUGCUGAUACAUUCAGCAGUAGUUCCAUUCGCAUGGCUAUUAAGAAGAUAGUUGCCAAAGAGGGACCCCAAGCUUUAUUGCAAGGUUUGAAGCCACGAGUGUUGUUCCAUGCUCCGGCAGCUGCAAUAUGCUGGUCUACAUAUGAGGCGAUGAAAGGGUUCCUCCAUCAGUGUACUGAAAACUCAUCACUUCCCCAGCCCUAGAUGUCACUAAUCAAUUGGUCUGCAUUUCUAGCCAGAUUCACAGCAUAUCCCAUGUAUGUCUCAAGUACAUUCAUUCAUAUUUCCCUAUAACAGAUGCCAUGCUUUUGGUAGGGAUUCAAAAAAAAAAAAAUCGUAGAAGGUUGUGUUUCUACCGUUCAGGAAAUGCUGAUUUAGGUGGGACUUUUUAAUGUUGUACCUUCUGAGAGAGUCAAUUAUGCGAUGUGCAGUUUUGGAUAGAAGUUGGAGACUGGCAGUUCUGUUUAAAUUUAAGGAAAAUGACUAAUGCCCCCCUUCCUCUUGCC